AUCUUAUUUGUCAAUCCUUUGUGAGCCAAGAACACCAGUAGCAAAGGGCUUUGGAAUCCGAAAUCUUGACGAAGUUGAAGCUGGUUAUAGACGAGAACAACCCACUACUGGAUCGACGAAAAGAUGGUUUCCAAGCCAACCUCAAUCCGCGUCGCACUAAAUCAAACCAUCAGCAAUUCAACAACCGACUCAAUGAGCGUUGAGGAAUUUUACAAGAUCGAGAGUUUUAUAAGCUCCAACGCAGGCCUGGAACUCAGUUCAACUACUCGGAUCAGAUUUUGGAUCAUUUCCACCUUGAUGGUCCUCAUGGGUGUUUUCUAUCUCAUCAGUCUCAUCAAAAACGUCACCAUGCGAAAUUAUUGGCUGAUCGAAAGGAAUAGAAACGGUUACCUGAAUCCGAAUCUUGAGGUUUUAGUCCCUCUGUUUGCACUUAUAAACAGCUCUUUGGUUUUGUGUUCCAUCAUACUGAUGAAUCGAGAUAACGGCCGAUACCUCAGUCGGCCUACGAUGAUAACGCAGAUGAUAUCUUACAACUUUUUGUUCUAUUGUGCUGCCACCAGGGUCUGGAGGACUCUAUCUGUUAUCCCAAUAGUACCGGUUCAACUGACACCACGUGGUACGAGUUUUUUAAGCAACGGGUUGCCGCCAUCUUUGUUCAACAUGUUGGUAGUGCUGCUGUACAUCAGUUUUCCAGUAGCCACUUUACCCAUCACUCUCUCAAUGACCAAGGACGCGGACACAUUAGGCAGAGACUUCUUCAUUCUAAACUCGAAUGUGAAACUCUUCAAUGCUCAAGAAGAAGACCUACUUCUGGAUGAUGCUUUACCCCCUUUUCUGGCGAACGAGUUCAAAAGCACCUUAGACACUCUGCGGCCAAUGAUGUACCAAGUGAAUCGUCGGUGGAGGUUCGCUUGUGGGAUAUACUUAUGUUAUUGUCUCAGCCUUUUUACCCUUUUUAUUUACGCGUCGGCUAGGCUUUAUUCAACCUUAACGGUCCAAGUGCAAAUCCUCACUCAAGCUCGUCGGCGAUUUGCAAGAAUGGCAAGUGUCGGGGUGAGAUCAGUCGAAGAUGACAUAACUUCCGAUGACGCCUCUGAAUCAAUCCAAUCGCGCACAAUGUAUGGUGCCAUCGUCAAAUCGAUCAAGAAGUUAAAGGCUACCAUUUGGACCCAGUCUCAAGAUCAGUCAGAACUCUUGGAAUUUUGGGACUGCCCAGAUUCUUGCGGUGAAAAUGCAGAAUUGGAAAGAAAGGCCAAAAUGUCUUCUCGUUAUCGCACAGCCCUCCUGUGGCAGUCUUCCUGCUCCAGUGUGAUUUUCCUGUCAUUUGUUGUGUUGACUGCUUGUCUUGCUUUCGAUGCAUUUGGCGUACCCAACCGUACCUCACCCACCCGAGUUGCCACGAUUACUUUCGAGUGGACCGGUUGGGCUUGGUCAGUACCAGGUAGCGUCUUGGCAUUUAUGACUUGCUGUGUAGCCUUAGUGCCCCAUUCAGCCUCCGAGGAUGCGAACAACGCGCGUUCGGCAGCUACAAUACGAAAGUCGUCUGCCAAAGGUAACAGGCUUCAAACAGAGUUGUCACGAACAUCUACCGAAAGCGACGUGGUAAACUUACGUCCUUAUGGUGGCUUUCUUGCCGAGACGCCACAAUCGUCUCUCGCAAAGGCCACUUUCACGGGUGAAAUCAAAUCACUGGGGAGUAGAAUUUGGAGAAAGCUUUGCCCCCAAUGGAGCUCUUCACCCCGCUCUAGUUCUUCCCCAAGAGUGCGGAAAUUAUCGUGUUUCAGCUUCUCGGAGAAUGAAAAGAUCAGUGAUCAACAAGUCGUCAACCACUUUCCGCCUGGACACGGUAUCGACAUGCAGAACGAGAAUGCAAGCGAGCCGGUCAUGAGGCAUACUCUUCAAUUCACAUCCGGUAGAGAUCUUUUACCUCUUGGUCAAAUAAAAAGUGACAUCAAUAUCAUCAAAUCACUUCGGCACAACGACCCUUGAAAUUCAAAUCUUAUUCAUAAAAAGUUGACAAUACGAGAACAAGUCCAGCAUACUCACAUCUAAAAAAAAUGAAAAUGGUGUGAAUCGGCGGUUACGUGAAGAUGUCGAUCUUAUAGCACCUCUAUAAAGCUCAGAGUAAUAGUUAAAGAUUCAUAUUCUGUAAUGACGUGCCUUUUGACCAGCAGCCUUGUAUCAAGAUAAUGAGCAUGCACCAUUUUGUUUUUCCAAGACAAUCAUUUUCCUUGUCAAUUAUCUGAAGGAUCAAUUUCUGGUAGUGGGGGGUGCUUUCAUUCAUCAGCAGAUGACCGUCAUUUUGGCUUUGGAAUUUUUGUCAGUAGCGCAGUGAUUUCAGUUCAAACAUCUUAAUCUUUUGUAGAGAAAAUCCUUAUCCGAAUUAAUUCACUAUUGAUGUGA